AUGCCGAACCCCGCAGUCUCCCCUCCAGGUCCUCCGGAGAGCUCGGCCUCGGUCAUGUCCUCUAACAAAACCCCAGCAUCUCUUGCAGAUCGACCACAUCCCAACCCCUCGUUCGACCCCGAAACGCACCCUUCCUCGGACGCGCACUACCCUCUCCUCGGCUCAGGCCGACCCUACAAUUACUUUACACCUUACAUCCUUGCUGAGGCAGACAACACCGAGCCUCUGCUCCGGGCUUUCAACGACUCGCUUGCGGGUUCAGAGCGGGAUGCGGCGUUGCGGGCCUUGUUGGGCGGGAUUGGUGAGGAAUGUACGGUCAUCCCCCCACUAUGGGUUGAGUGGGGCAGCCAUACCGUCCUUGGCCGCGGAGUAUAUCUGGGCACAGGUAUUAAUAUACAAGAUACCGGAGGAGUGACGAUCGGUGACUACACGAUGAUUGGCCCCUCCUGCACCCUUUCGACGGUCACACAUCCCCUCAAUCCUCGUCUUCGUGGUAGCCACAGCCCUGAGCUUAGCCGACCUGUCAAGAUCGGCUCGAAUGUCUGGCUAGGCGGGAACGUGACUGUGCUGGGCGGAGUGGAGAUAGGGGACGGGUGUGUCAUUGGGGCAGGGGCAGUUCUGACCCGCUCGACGGGAAAGAAUGAGCUGUGGGUGGGUGUGCCUGCCAAACUGGUCCGUUCGGGGCUGGAUACAUGGGAUGAUGGUGUAGAUUGGGGAUCUGUGCCACCUAUAUAA